AAAAUGAAGUAACUUGAUGAUAUCCGUAUAUACUCCGCGUCAAAUUCAACUCCGAUGAAAAGGAUUGGUCUCUCAGAACAAACAAACAAACAAGAGCUUGUUUGGAUCAUUAUCUGUUUUCUUUGUCAGAAUGGUUGUUGGAUUAUAAUUAAACAAAACGCCCCCACUUAAAUUAUCAUAUCAUAACUCCAUCAAGGAAAUCAAAAUUUAGAUUUGAUUGGGAUGUAAAAAGCCAUUUUUCAUGCCAAGUCAACAACGGCUAUUGGCUACCAAUAAUCUCUUAAGGAUUUUAUUAUAGAAGAAUCUGUGAUUUAUAAUUAAACGUGUAAUUAAGUCACUUUCUUUUGGAAUCGAAUCACACACACCUUUUCUUGAUUCUCAUUUCUUUUGAUCUUUGAACCUAACUUUUUUUGUACGCUUUCUCGAAAUUCUAGAGCUCAGAUCUUCAGAUUCGUGUGGUACGUAAUGUGGUCAAUGGGUUUGAUAAGGCGUACGGCAAUGUCCAGCGCCAUUAGAGCUUCAUCAUCAUCACAAAGGACAUGGCUUGUUCAUCAGGGUGGAUCAAGAAGCUGCUUCACCGUCAACACACCGUCGUCGUCAUCGAAGGAGGAAGAGAAGAAGAAGACGGAGAAUAAAGAUGUAACAAUAGCGGAAGCGAAGAAGCUGAUGAGGCUUGUGAAUGUUGAAGACAUGAAGAGUAAACUUAUCGGUAUGGGUGAUAGAGAUGUCGUCUCUUACGCUUCGCUUUUAGAAGCUUCUCAAGGAAUGGGUAUCGCUAGAUCUCCUGAUGAAGCUCACAUCUUUGCUCGUGUUCUUGACGAUGCUGGUGUUGUCUUGAUCUUUCGUGAUAAAGUCUUUCUUCACCCAGACAAGGUGGUGGAUCUGAUUAGACGAGCGAUGCCUUUGGAUCAGAACCCAGAGGAGGAUCAAAUCAAAGAUGAAUUCAAUAAGCUGAGAAUCAUGAAAGAAGAGAUUGAUGUUCUUGCUCAUAGACAAGUGAGGAAGAUUCUUUGGUGUGGUUUGGCUACUUCCAUGGUUCAAAUUGGGCUCUUUUUUAGAUUAACUUUUUGGGAAUUCUCAUGGGAUGUGAUGGAACCAAUCACUUUCUUCGCUACAGCCACUGGUAUCAUCGUUGGUUAUGCUUACUUCUUGAUGACGUCGAGAGAUCCCACAUAUCAGGAUUUCAUGAAGAGACUGUUCUUGUCGAGGCAGAGAAAGUUGUUGAAGAUUCACAAGUUUGAUUGUGAGAGGUUUAAAGAACUGGAGAGGGUAUGUAAAAUGACGUCGUCUUGUCACGCAGCUGCGUCUAUAAGGAAUCGUGUUGGUUUAGAACUUGAUCUCGAGGAUGCUUUACAGAGUCGCAGAGACUGAUUCAUUAUAUAUAAAAAACAGAACAUUCCAGUUUUUCUUUGUCUUCUGGUGUGCAUGGUUCCAUCAAACUGAAGAAGAGAUGAUCAGUCUUUGCAAAAAGUUACUUACAACAAAGAGUGUGUUUUCGAUCAUCUUUUCUGCUUCUUAUAUAAUACAUAAGUAACCAUUGACAUGUAUUUGUUGUUACUGUAAACUGUAAAGAUUGGCUUAACAGAUUUAACUGUUCUCGUUACAUUGCAAUUUUACAGUUUUGUUUUUGUGUGUA